AUGCUGUCCAAGUUGUUGUUGAUCCUGGCCGUGGCCGUGGUCAUGGUUAGCAGCCAGUGGUCUGCCACCAUUGACCCGAGUUCGGUGUCUCUGCCGCUUAGAAAGACUUGGUGCUCUUACCAACAGAACUCGUGUCCCUUGAUCUGCCUGCAGGUCAACGGGUCUUCCGGUGCUUCAGUGAACACCUGCGAUGCUAAUUCCCUCGACUACUCAUGCAUCUGCAGCAAUGGUAUCAGCCCCAACGCUUCCGAAUACUCCGAAACAAUGGCCUACUUCAUCUGCACCGAGGCCGGCAACCAACCGACUCCUCCUGUCAGGCCUCUUGCCGUGACGACCACCCGUGUGGAGCUCAAGACCCUGUCCGUAUCAACGCGACAACUACUACCACCACCUCCGCUGCUUCAUCCGCUACCGCCAGCAGCACCUCCAAUCCCCCUUGGCACCGACGUCGCUACGGGCGGUGCAGUCCGUAUGUCCCUGGAACUUGGCCAGGUGUACGGCCUGUGUGCCUUUGUGGGCGCUUUCGUUGCUGGCUUUGCAGUUCUUCUGUGA